UACAAAUUAAAUCAAAUAUCAAAAUACAAAUUUUUGCCUAGCUGCCGUUUUACAAACAAACAAAAGAAUAAAGUACAAAACAACCAACCACAAAUCUUAAACAAUUUUUAAACAACAAUUUAAUAAAGCACUUUACAAAGAAGAACACCAUAUAAAGUAAAUAAUCAACUUUGCAUUAAAACACGCAAAACCAGUGAGUUCAAAAUAAACGAAAUACAAAUCUUGGAGUAGCUUCAACUUAUAUUAUAGUAUACAAAUCUAUUAUACGGAUAUAAUCAGUGUUUUACACUAGCCAACAAAACAAACCAGUCGAAUCAGAAACAUUUUUACGAAGAACUACCUCAAAAACGCAGAGAAACAACAAACACGAAAAGUGAACCAACCGAAUUAGUGUACAAAAACAAACAAACAAACGAAUCUUCGAAAAUCAGUACAAAGCCCCGCAGUUUUUCAAUACAACUGCAUAGCCAUGCCAGAGUUUGAGCUUAAAUGGCGUCUUCAAUUUUAGCCCAGAGCAGCGCAGGUGCUACCGUCGACAGCAGCAACUUGGGAGCAACUGCAGCAGCAGUAGCAGUAGCCACAUCUGUGGAGGCCACCGUGUCCAGCCUGCACAACACCCAUCUGAACCAGCUGAGCAGCCUCAGCCAGCACUACACCACGCCGUACCACCAUCCGCAUUCGCAUUCGCAUCCGCACCACCACUACCAGCAGCACUAUCCGCAGCAGCAACAUCUCCAGCAGCAGCAACACGCCCAGCAGCAGCAUCAUCAGCAGCAGCAGCAGCAACAGCAGCAGCAGCAGCAGCAGCACUGGGACUACUAUGCCAGGCAGCAGCAGCAACAUCAACAGCAGCAGCAGCAACAGCAACAGCCAGCGGCCGCCACCGGCAACACCAACGGCAACAGCAGCAACAGCUGCAGCAACAACGGCAACAGCAGCAACGCCGACGGCAGCAAUACCACGGUUCCAGCGCCUCUGGGCAGCAGCAACAGCAGCAGCAACCAUGCUAAUGCUGCAAGUGGUGGCAACAAUGGCCAGCGGCACGGCGAUGCCAAUGCCAAUGCCAUUUCCGCCGCCUCCGCCGCAGUAGGAAAUCCGGGUAACCAGCAGCCGAACAACUCAGCCGGCAACGCCAACUCGAAUUCGAACUCCAAUUCCAACUCGAACGGCAGCUACACGCGUCCCUGGGAGAUGGAGUCCAAGGACAAUGGCCCACAACCCCAAACGCAACCCCAUCUGCAGCUGAAGAGCGGCUUCGAGCCGUUCUCCAAGCUGCCGUCGUUUCAGAGCCAGUUCCAUGGCUUCAAUGAGCAAUUACUACCGGAUGGAACACCCAUGCCAGUGCCCAUAGGAGCAGCAGUGCCGCCAGGAUCGGCAGCUGCAGCAGCAGCAGCUGCAGCAGGCUCCCUGCCUCCUGGCUCCUCCGUUGGACCAAACUCAGUAUCGGGACCCGUGGGACCCACUGCCAUGAGCUCCCUGCAAACGGUGGCCAUGUCGCCGGCCAGCAUUUCGGUCAGUUCGCCCGGCAUGAUGAGUGUGGGCUCACCAUUGACCCAACUCUCGAGUCUACAGGCCAGCAUCACACCGCCAUCAGCGGGCAGUUUUCCGGCACCACCGCCGCCGAAUGCCUUCGCGCACCACCACGCCCUCAAUCCGCACCACCACCAUCGAGGAGCCACCGGGUAUCCCACGCCCUAUGCGGAGCUGCCACUCUAUCCGGGAUUCACCCCGUUGAGUGUCAAGAAGGAGCCGAGCUCGGGCGCCGGCAGCGACUUUGAGAUGCUGCUCAAGAAGGAGGACUUUGAUCUCAGCAACAGCGGCGGCGGCGGACUGAUCCACCAUCCGCUGCAGCACGGCCAGCCGCAUCCCAUACCCAUGGGCAUGCACACGCCCACCUCGUACGAUGGCAACAACAGCAACAACAGCUAUCCGCAGGCGGCUGGAGGCGGCAGUGGCAGCCACACGCCGCACACCACCACCACCCAGCUCACGCCCACCACCACCACCCCGGUCAAGGUCGAGAAGUUGCUGCAGUCGCCGAUAGCUCGGCUGGAGGCCCGGAAGAAGGAGCGGCGGAAACAGCGGCCCAAUUCGCUGGAGUCCAGUGCCGAGAGCGAGGCCAGCGGCAUGGACGUAGACCCCAGCAAUCCUGGCCAAGUGGACGCCGUCUCCAGCACGGCCAACUUCAAGAGUCCGUUGAGUGCCCUGGGCAUGGGGGAUAGCAACGAUGCCAAUGCCAGUGGAUGCGACAAGCAGUCCAAGAAGAAGCGGAAGCGGUGCGGCGAGUGCGUGGGAUGCCAGCGCAAGGACAACUGUGGGGAGUGCGCCCCCUGCCGCAACGACAAGAGCCACCAGAUCUGCAAGCAGCGCCGCUGCGAGAAGCUCACCGAGAAGAAGGAACCCAAAGCCAAAACCAUCGUGUUCGGCGCCGAUGGUCAGCCCGUUCGACCCGAUUCGAAACGCGGCCGCGGCAAGGGAAAGUCGUCUGGUUCCGGAAAUAGUUCGGUUAACGCCACAGGUAUCGCCGCCGGCAAUGGAACACCAACAACUGGGCAGUCACGCGCCCGCAAAAACUCCACCAAAGCAAACAAACUGAAUGCAGCCGCUGCAUCAGCAACAUCGCCUCGUCUAAGUCCAGUGCCUGCAGCAACACUGUUGCCGCAGCAAUCGCCAAAUACCACAACAGCAACAGGCAACCUGCAGCAGCAGCAGCAGCAGCAGUACCAGCAGCAUCAGCAACUUCUGUCGCAGCAGCAACUACUGUCGCAGCAGCAGCAACAGCAGUACCAGCAGCCGCAGCAGCAACAGCAGCACUUCCAGCAGCAGCAGCAGCACUUGCAGCAGCAGCAGCACGCACAGCAGCAACAUUUGCCACAGCAGCAACAUCAGAUAACCGCACAAAUCCAAACCAUGAAGGAUCAACCGCAGCAGCCCAUGGCACCCAUGGCCUUCUACCCCACAUGGCAGGCGGAUCCGUCGCAGGGCUGGCAGAACCAGUUCAUACAGCAGAUACCACAGAACACACCGGCCAUAACGUCCCUGAACUCCCUGGACUUCCAGACGCAGUCGUACGCGUAUCCCUCGAACGGCUAUGUGCAGUCGGGCCUGGGAUUCGAUCCCAACUACGGUAGGUCGCCAUACGCGGCACCAGUGCAGCGCUACGACUUCCAGAGCCAGCAGCUGUCCACGGCACCGUCGGCCAUCAACCAGGUGGGUCUGCAGAGUGUGGCGGGAUUCGCGCCCAGCUACGCAGGACAGGUGUCCGCCGCACCAGUGCCGCCGUCGCAGCAACAACAGCAGCAGCAGCAGCAACAGCAGCAGCAGCAUCUGGGAGCGGACCUGAACAAGACGAUGUCGGGAAACGACACGCCUGGAUAUCCGCGGGUGAGCAGCGUGCCGCCGCGCUCACUCAACUGUAACGGGUAUUCAGGCGAUUACAGCGGUUCCCCAGCCACCAACAGCAACAACAGCAGCAACAACAGCAGCAGCAACACCAGCAACACGAACAACAGCAACGCCAGCAACAAUAACGCCACCACAGUGGUCAGCGGUGGCACCACCACGCCAGCCCCACCGCCCACAGUGGUGGCCCAGCCCGCCUCGUCGCCCAUGCAGCCACCCAACCAGGCGGUGCCCCAGUCGCCCACGCGCAGCAACAUGCUGCAGCAGCAGCAGCAACACCAGUCGCCCACGGGCAACGGGCUGCAGCCCUAUGUUGCUCCGCAGCAGCAGCAACAACAGCAGCAGCAGCAGCAACACCUCUCCUCGCCACCGAUGCAGGAUUGGAACUGGCAGCAGCAGCAGCAGCAGUCUUUGGGCGGCGAGGGCUAUGCCCAGGGUGAGAGACUCCAUCUGAACACCCGCAUCAAGUCGAUGAUCAUGCGCAAGAGCGAUCCCAAGGAUCCGCCGCCGGACCUGCAGCAGCAGCCACAGCAGGUGCAACAGCAGCAGCAGCAGACGGCGGUGCAGCAGCAACAGCAGACCGGUCAUUUUUUAUCGUAUAGCCACCAUCUCCGGCCCGAAGCGGCGCUGAGCGCCAACGGACCGAGCAGUGCCACGCCCACCCACCCACUGCCCAACCUGCAGCAGCAGCAGCAAGUGCAGCAGGUGCAACAACAGCAGCAGCAACAGCAGGCGGUUGGUGGGCCAGUGGCUGCCGAGCCGAUCGGAGGUGGUGGCGAUCACAUCUGGAAGCCGCACCACGCCAACUCGUUUAAGAAGCCGAGCGUGGUUAGCGGCUAUCCGGCAGCAGGACAGGAUGCACAGUUGCAGCUGCAGUUGCAGCAACACCAGCCAGGACAGCACACGACCAUCAACCACUCGGUGGAUCCGCCGGUGGUGCCACCACAACAACAUCCUCCAGUAGCCGCCGCUCAGCCCAAGAAGUCCAGGAGUCGCAGCAAAGCCAGUCGAGCAGCGGCGGCGGCAGCAGCAGCAGCGGAAGCAGCGGCGGAGAUCGAUCGUGAUCGAAACUCCACGGAUCCGGGAGGUGGUGGCCUGAAACCGCUCAGUGCUCACUAUCCCCCGCAUCCACAUGCCGCCGGAGGACCGCCACCGGGCCAGGACUAUCACUCGCAGUACAUCAAGACCGAGCCCGGUUUACUGGGUCCUCCGCAGCCCAACAAAAUGGAGGGUUACGAGCGGAACUACCAGAACUUCAUUCAGUAUGCGGACUUCUGCCAGAACGAUGGCCAAGGACAGCCCGUGCAGCAACACCAUGGUCAUGGGCAGCAGGACUACGCCGGCUAUCACCACAACUCGGCCUAUUAUGGCGCCGGAGCCAGUAGCUUUCAGCAGAACUUCCAGCAGAACUUUGUCCCUGGAUACCAGCACUCCACUUACGGCGGCAGAGGGAAGCCGCCUGCCAACCAGCCGCACCAGAUCCACGGGCAUAGUCAGAGUUUGAUGGAGCUGGACAGGAAACCAGAUACCAACAGCAUCAUACCACUGCCCACGAACUACGAGAAGGAUAUACCCGCCUAUCCCAUUCCGCCGCAUCGCUAUGCGCUGGGACACGGAGCUCCUCCGCACUUGAGUCACCACGGCAUGCUGGAGCCCAAGAUCGAGGACAUGGGUAUGCUGGGGCAUGGUGGAGGCUAUGCCUAUCUGGGCAGUGAGGGGAAACCCUUGAACAAUGGCUUCUCCUGCUGCCGACAGGGUGGCACUCGACCACCCACCGCGGAGCACCUAAAGGACGGAACCUGCCUGGGAUUGGGUAUACAGCCGAAGGAGGAACUCAUCGACGAGGACGAACUGAUCGACACCCAUGGUAAUGGGCUGAAACCCAUUGGUGGUGUGGGCAAGGCCAAGGGAAAGCAAAAGCCCGAUGAAAUCCCCGAAAUUGUGGUGAAGCACGAGAAGAUCAACCCCAUGUUUGACACCACGGAUCGGUUGGAAAAGGGCAACAAGACAGAGAUUCCCGAGUGCGAGUGCUUCCAGUCCGACAAGAAUCCUCCGGAGCCGGGUACAUACUACACACAUCUGGGCACGGCUUCAUCCCUAAUGGAUUUGCGAAGAGAAUUUGAGGAGCGCUGCAACCUGACGGGUCGUCAGUUGAGAAUCGAGAAGAUCGUCUACACGGGCAAGGAGGGCAAGACUUCACAAGGCUGCCCGGUGGCCAAAUGGGUCAUCCGGAGGGCUGAUCUCGAAGAGAAGAUUCUGGUGGUGGUCAAGAAACGACCGGGUCACAGAUGCAUAGCCGCAUACAUUGUAGUGUGUAUGGUGGCCUGGGAUGGAAUGCCUCGCCUGGAGGCGGAUAAUGCCUACAAGAAUCUGAUCCCCAAGCUGAACAAGUACGGCCUGCCCACCACGCGAAGAUGUGCCACCAAUGAGAAUCGCACCUGUGCCUGUCAAGGACUCGAUCCGGAAUCGUCGGGCGCCUCGUACUCCUUCGGCUGCUCCUGGUCGAUGUACUACAAUGGCUGCAAGUACGCCCGCUCCAAGACUGUGAGGAAGUUCCGGCUGUCCGUGAAGAGCGAGGAGGCGGCCAUCGAGGAGCACAUGAACCUGAUUGCCACCCUGCUGGCACCGGUGUUCAAGCAGGUCUGUCCGCGAUCCUACGACAACCAGACGAAGUACGAGCACGAGGCCAGCGACUGCCGACUGGGUCUGGAGCCCGGGAAGCCCUUCUCCGGGGUCACCGCCUGCCUGGACUUCUGCGCCCACUCCCACAGGGAUCUGCACAACAUGCAGGAUGGCUGCACGGUGCACGUGGCGCUGCUGAAGCCCGGCAACCGGGACACCCGCCUCCCAGACGACGAGCAGUUCCACGUCCUGCCACUCUACACGAUGGACGGCACGGACGAGUUCGAGAGUGUCGAGGGUCAGCGGGACAAGCACCGCACCGGAGCGGUGCAAAUGCUGGACAAAUUCCCCUGCGAGGUACGCGUUCGAUCAACACCAUUGAUACCCUGCAGAAGGCAUGGCAAGAAGCGAAAGGACGGCGACGAUGCGGCGCCGCCUGACGGAGACCAGGACGCGGUUGGCGAUGCCAACAGCCAGAGCAGCUCCAGCAACGGUGCCCAGUCCCAAGUCCAAGCCAACAACCAGCAGAGCAGUCCGCCAGCACUGGGAACCACGCACAUCAAGAAGGAGAACGGCAAUGGUGUGAACGCCAAUGGAGCGAGUGGCAAGUCGAAGGGCAAGGGAAAGUCCAACCAGUCCAAUAACUCGAGUGCUUCCACGCCGGGAUCAGCGCCACCUUCAACUCCCUCGCCGCGGUGCCAGACUCCAGUGACAAACAAUCCCAGUCCGGCGGGCAGUGCUUUCAGUACUCCGCCCGUCCACGGAUCAAAUGCCAAUCCCCAAAGCAAUGGUGGCCAAGCCACGGGCAAUCAGCCAGGACAACUCAUGAGCUCCAACUCCAGCCUGAUGAACAUGGCCACCAUGAUCGACACCUUCACGGAUGCCCAACUGCAGUCCAAUCAGAUCUCAAGUACUGUCCUAGACUCGCCGUACUCCUAUGACUACCAGACGGCUUCCUACAUAGACUCCCGGAACUACUACGGCCAGUGGCCAACGCCCCAUGCUCCGAUGGGCAUGCAGGCGCAGGUGGGCGGACUGGGAGGAGGAGGACCAGGAGGCGCGGUGGCAGGAGUGCCACCUCUGACACCCACUACUCCUACGGCUCAACCACAGCUAGGUGUUCCGCCGGCGACUUCUAUUCCCGGAGGCACCACCACCGGAGCACCAACAGGAGCGCUUCCGGCCACAGCUGCUCCUGCGGCUACGCCGACACAGCUAGAAACGAGCAAUGGCUAUGGACCUGGCAACUAUCAAACCCUCGUCAGUAAUCCCGCCUCGAAUCUAACCAAUCCCGGAGGAGUAACCACGGAGGUGCAGCAGCAACAUCAGCAGGCCCAACAGCAACAGUCCGCGCUGACAGGAGGUGUGGGUCCCGGUGGUCUACCCGUAGUGGGAGGCGCACCUGGUGAUCUCAAGAGCCGGCUGGUCAGCGAGGAGAAUCCCGACUCCACCACCCUGGUGAACCACCACCACCACCAUCACAAUCUCACGGAGAGCAAACUAACCGCCUUGACGGCCAUGCAACCGAUGACGAACCUCGCACCGCUGACCACCUCGCACCAUCCGCAGGAGGGAUUCGUGAAGCCGAAGCCACCGCCCAGCGACUACACGGCCCAGUACACGGCGCAGUAUCCCAACAACUACCAGAUGUACCCGCCUCCACCGCCACCGCCUCAUUCGGCGUACUCCGCCUAUGAUGCGUAUCAGAACAUGAACUACAACUAUGGGUAUCAUCAGGCGUACUCGCCGUACGGAAUGUAUCCCCAGCAGACGCCGCCGCCCACGCCUCCGCCGCCAUCGCCCAACUGGAACAUGUAUGGUCACCAUCAGACGGGGUCCGUAAACUCAGGUUACGGCGGUGCGAAUCCUGCCGCGGGAGCGGGUUCCUUGAUAGCCAGCCAUGGAUCAGUAGCACCCGCGGGCGUGGGCCUCCAGAAAUCGAUAGUUCCAGUGCCAGGACCACUGCAUCAUCAACAGCAACAGGUGCUGCAGCAGCAGCAGCAACAACAACAGCAGCAGCAGCAGCAGCAGCAACAGCAGCAGCAGCAACAACAGCAGCAGGUGCAGCAGCAGCAACAGGAAGCUCCGCAAACGAUAUUGCCGGACCUGAGCAAUGGCCAAACCACCUCCGAUACAGUAGCCACGCCCACGCCGACUGGAGAUUCCCCCAGCAAUGACGCAGGAUCGGGCAACUCGGGAGCUGGAAUCCAAGCGCCCGCAAGUGGCGCAGGUGCAGCAACAACGGCACCUCCCAUCGCCUCGCCAGGUAGCACCAAUUCCAGCAAAAUCGAGCCCAUCGGCGAGGUGGCCGAGAUCAAUGAGAACAUCGAAGCCUUCCAGGAUCCGCAAAUGGGCGGCGUGGCCAUAGCCCUGAACCAUGGGAGUGUACUGAUAGAGUGUGCCAAACACGAGAUGCACGCCACGACGGCGGUGCGCAGGCCAGAUCGCCAUCACCCCACGCGGAUGACCCUGAUCUUCUACCAGCACAGGAACCUCAAUCGAUGUCGGCAUGGCAUCGAUGAGUGGGAGGAGAAGAUGCGGGUGAAGAAGAUCAACACGGACCUAGACAACAAAGCCAAAGAAGAGCGCGAGCGACUAAUAAAGAAGGCGGCUGGCGAGGAUCUGGACGAUCUCGACGAGGAUGCCCUGAUGCAGGACGAGCCGGUGCCCAUUAAAAAGGAAUCCUCCGCCAAUGGCCAGCAGUUGAAGAACGGCGCCAGCGGCAGUAAAAAAAAGAAGAGCAGUGAUUCCAAAAAGUCCCAAGCCAGCGAGCAGUCAAAAAACGAGAAGGUUGCCCUCCACGCACCAACACUGACGACCACGUCGUGGACGACCCUGUUCCCCACGCAUCCGUGCGUGGUUUCGGGGAAAUACCCGGAGGGCAAUAGCAGUCCGACCUCGUCCACGAACAACGCGCCCAACGGUGGUGGCUGCGCCGGCCAGCAGCAGCAUCUGCCACCUCCGCCUGGCAGUGGGCUCACCCACCCACUGCCGGGCACGCCCACUGGCACCGCAGCACCGCCGCCGCCCACUCCGCAUCAGCAGCUGCCGCUGCCGCUGCCGCAGCAGCAGCAGACCUGAAUCUCUUCAGGCUGAGGGGCUACUACUGGUAACCAGCCGCCGGAGUCCGCUGCAUAGGCCUAAUCUUAAGAAUCCACACAAAUCAAUCCUGUUCCGGUUUUUGAAUUCCGAUGGAAUUAGGCGGCUCGGAAAGCAAUAAAUUGAACACAUUUCAGAUAUAUUCGAAUUGGAUUUGAAAAUAAGAAAUACUUGAGUAUGAGUUUCUUGAACUUUGAUUUAAAACAUUUUGAAUUAACGAGUCUUCAACGCAGUGUUAUUC